CGUGCUCAUGCGUCAGUUCUGAGACGAUCGGCAAAGCAAGCGAGCGCUCAGUCCCCGAUUUUUCCCAUCCCCACACACCUGUUACCGAGCGCCUCCUUGACGCUGGUCGACUGUAUAUUGCUGAACAAGUCUGCAGAGAACCCUGCAUUAUCCCCAGAUGCAGGAUGCCCAGUGAAGCAGACCAGCAACAGCAGCAGCGGCCGUCGCGGCAGUCAAGCUCAGAGCCAGCCAGACUCCCUCCAUCUGAGCUGUCGCGAUCGUCGGGAUCAUCGCGCAACGGCAGCCCGCAGCUCAAGAAGAUGUCCACGCCGCCCAUCACGUCGUACUUUGAGCCCAGGGCAAGCGUCGUCAGGAAUAUCGCCAGUCCCCGCCAAGCGCUCUCAGACGCUGCCACGAGCACCGUCAAGCGCGAGUCGCACUCCACGCUGGAGAUUGGCGCCACAACCGCUGCUGGUGCUGCACCUGCCGGUGGUAGUGGUGGCAUCAGCAGUAGCAAUCGACACUCGCAGACCUCGUCUCUCGCACAACUGAGCGCGUCGUCGGGUUGGAGCUCGCUCUCAUCCGUCACCUCCGCCAUCACGGCUUCCGCAAGGCACGUCGGCAACGACGAGGAGGAGGAGGAGGAUCCCGUUGCUCGUUACCGCCAUCGAGAUCGCAUCGAUAGCAGCGACGACGACACCGUGUUUCUAUCACCCGUCAAGCUUGGCUCGACACUCAGUCACGCUCGCUCGCCCAUCCAGGUGAGGAGCAUACUGGCACCAACGUUUCGGUCCGUGCCCACAGUGCCAGUCACCGAAACACAAACUACAAUCACAAUCAUCGACUCUUUUUCCGAGUCUUCUUCCAGCCGGAUUCCGUUCCCACCCUUACUGCUUGCUGACGAGGUCCUUCCGCAGGCCCAGCAGCGUCAUGCGCCAUUUGACAACAACGUGGUGGCGCAGGCCGACAGCGUGUCUUCCACUGACCUGAACACACAGCACCAUCUCUACGCCACUUUGGAGUCCAUUGCUGAUGGUUUAUCGUGGGAUUCCAAGGAAAAGGAAAAGGAAGCGCCUGUUGAUCCAUCUGGUGCUCGAACCUUUUUGAAUGCAGUCGAUACGCUGCUUCAGUUUCAAGUCGUUCUACCAUGGAGCUCCUAUUAUACACUCAUCGAGAUGCUCUUUGAGAUCCCGCCCAUGUUUGAUGACAUAUCAUGUCGCAUUUUCUCGGCUCUAUCUCGCCUGACUCUGCAGUUGACGACACCCCGAGGAUGCGAGCAGGUUUGGCAAACCGAGCAGCACAGAGACCCUCCACACCGCACUCCGUCAUUCCAAGAAAAGAACAAGGGUGUCCGCCGCGCACUCUUUCCACACGUGGCCGUACUGACAAAAAUGCUCCAACGGCUGAAAAGCGAUCACGCUGCACCGUCAUUGAAUCCCAGCGACCCAAAGCAUUCAAGCAAGUGUCCUGGAUCUGCGCUGUUCCUACAGUUUGUAGUCAGCACACUACACCGGGAUGCCUCGAUACGAUCCAAUCCACAAGACAAAUCGCUCCUGCACCUCUGUCUGACAGAGUGCAAUCCAGCCGAACGACAAACGCUGGUUGAGGAAUUUGACGCAGCCAUAUUCGGUGUUUGCCGUUGCCAAUGUCGGCCUUGCGCACAACUUCUCAUGCAACUGCUGCAGCAGGUGCGCGUCGUUUCCGAGAAUACCUUCAAACAGACCUUGGAACGUGUUGCCAAAACCAUGGCCAGUAAGCCUGGUGCCGUGGCCUUCAAGGAAAUGAUUGAGGCUAGCAAUGUCCAACUGGCAAUGGAAAUUGUCGAUGCUGUGGUUCGGCCGGUGUUUCGCUUGGAAAUGGCACUAAACCCACUGCUUUCGAUGCCCAUUUCACUCGACAAGUUGCUUCGAUUCUAUCUCAAAAUCAAGCCGCUGUCCAUCAACCCGUCCGACUCGCUAGCCCUCGAGAAGGAGCGUAUGAUUUACCUGACCUGUCUAUCCGCCGCCAUUCGCGCGCUUGUAGCCUCCCCGACAUGCAGCCUACUUACGCCGCAAGGAAUUCACAAGGAAGGGAAAAACGAGAGCUUGGCCCAUUUUCUGUGCGCCGACGAGCGAGCGCCGCUGCCGCUCCACCUUUCGAAAACCUGGGCGAUGGGCGCUGAGCAUCCCGGCGCACUGACUGUGAUCCGGCUGGCGCAAUCGUUUCGACAUGUAACUGCCUACCUACCUCCACCCAGUCCAGCGACUCCGAAAGCGCUUCGGCGGCACACGAGCAGCAGCCUCAACGAUGUUAUUGUUAUUGACUGAGAAGCAAGCGCAGACUGUCGCAUUGUUAGUUCAUCACCUUAAUACACCCCCCCAUCGAUAUCUGAA